CAAACGUUUGACAGCGAUCCAGAGAUUCUGCAAGAGAUUGAACAGAGCCAGACAAUUUUAAAAGCCGCCCUGGAUAGAAUAAAGUUGCCAUAACCAUGGUCGCACACUUCAUUGCCCUUUGAGUCGCUCGUACUACGUACCGCGUGCAACUCCAUAAAAAAGGCCCUUUUCUUGCUGAGCAUUGCACUACCUUUUUUACUUGCUGUCUUCCCUUUUUAGAAUUUUCAAUUGAAAUGGCACGGCUGGCCAGUGGGUUAGUUGGCUGGGUGAUUGGAUGCUUAUUCUUGAUGAUGGUGCCUUCCCAGGCGUUCUACAUUGGAGGUGAUACGUACCGCGCUUACAAGAUGGGUGAGCGUGUUCCUAUCAAGUUCAACAAACUCAUUUCGUGGCAGAGUCUUCUCACAUACGGAUACAACGACCUUCCGUUUGUGUGUCCACGUUCAUCUUUCACUCCCAAGGAUGCGUGGCUGAACAUUGGCCAAGUAUUGCAAGGCGACAGUUGGACCGCCACCGACCAUGAAUUAUAUAUGGGUAGAAACGAUACAUGCCAGCUUUUGUGUACCGUGGAAUUGUCACCGAAAACAAGCAGAAAACUGAUUUCAAUGGGGGACAGUGGCUAUGGCGCGGAAUGGGUCGUCGACAAUCUUCCUGUUACUUAUUUUGAAGAGCAUAACGGUUUCCUAUAUAUGCGAUUGACAGCUGUUCCUUUGACAGAGGGAGCAAAGGGAUUCCGCCCCAUUCCAUCCUUCAGGAAUAUCGAAGAAACAGCCAUUAUGAAUCAUAUGUCCCUGUGGAUUGAUUACGUGCUGGACACGGAGGAUCCCUCCAAAGCCUACAUUGUCGGUGUCAACGCGAGUGCUCAAUCCAUUGAUGAUCCCAGCAAUUGUAUGACAGCAACAACGUUGAAACAAAAGUCCUCAGCGCCGGCCAUGAUCAUGCAACCCAAUGAAACCAAUUCCUUGACAUACUCGUAUUCUGUAUUUUGGCGUCAGAGCCUUCAUCCAGUAUCUCCCAAGGAACGUUGGAAUGAUGUCCUUCAUCAGCAGUCUUAUGUGCAUUGGUACUCCAUCUACGAGAGAUUCGUGUAUGCCAUGAUCAUUACGUGCAUCUUUGUUGCGGUGGUUGCAAAGAAACUGCGUGUGGAUAUCCAACGUGGCGACGCAAGUAGAAGCACCACGCAGGUUUCCGAUGGUUUCGUUCUGCAUUGGACGCACGGUGCAUGGAAACUGCUCCAUGCCGAUGUAUUUCGCACUCCGCGAUUCGCCACUUUAUUGAUCUCGUUACUGGGUUUUGGUGUUCAAUUUUCGCUCACCUUGUGUACGCUGAUCGGAAUCAUGUUGUGUGGUUUUUUGAGUCCCGCGUACCGCGGCGGUUUACUCACGGUGGCAUUUGUUUUAUAUCCGUUUUUUGGAUUGGUCGCGGGUUAUGUUGUUGGUUACAUGCAUUCUCUGCUUCGGUGUCGAACGUCGUUGCUGUAUCAAGUUGUCCACUACGUUUCCUUCGUGCCUGGAAUUAUCUUCGUGCUCCGUUUCGGUGUAAGCACAAUUGCGUGGAUGGAUGGAUCAUCGUUGGCUAUUCCUUUCGGCACUUGGAUGGUUGCCCUGAUUGUUGCAUUUGGCGUAAGCGGGUUGUUGGCGCUGAUAGGUGCAAUGAUCAGCGGCCGAAAAACGUAUAAUAUACCAGUGGAAGUGUCGGAUCUUGCUAGAACCAUUCCACCAAAGCCUUGGUGUUUUCGAAGCUAUAUUACUCUACCCAUCUGCAUGAUCCUGCCUUUCUAUAUUUACAUUAGUGAGUACAUUGACUUGACUCGAUUUAUGUGGCGCGGCGAAUUCUAUUGGACGUAUGGAUAUCUCGCUUUGGUGUUACUGAUGAGUACGUUUGUGACUAUCGGAUCCACCCUGGUGGUAACCUAUUUGUGUCUCAACUACGAGGAUCAUCACUGGUGGUGGCGUUCAUUUUUUCACUCAGCUGUGUCCGCUGGAGGGAUUAUCAUCAUCUCCUUCAUCCAGCAUUUUUCGGAAGGAGGAGUGGGUAUUACGGCCGCUGCUUUAUUUUUCGGGUACAACAUCAUAGCCUUUGUGCUGUAUGCGGUGACAUUUGGUACGCUAGGAUUCCUGAGUACGUUUGUACUUCUUCGCAUUAUUUAUGGUUCCAUCAAGACCGACUAGCUCCAGUUUUCUUGAGAGUUAUACUUUACUUUGCUUCAUUUGUCAACAAUAUGACGGAUGUAAUAAAUAAUGUGACCUCUAACGAACCAUUUCGGCUUACCCG